AUGUAUCACAAGCAGCAACAGCAGUCAACUCAUGGGAAUCAAAAGGAGCAAAUGGCAAAAUCAACUACUGACGGACGGUGUUCUUCAGUACCAGGAAUGAAACAAAGUAAUACCGCAUAUCAUGGAAAUAUUUCUGAAAUAAAUGCAAGUUUUGUAGAAUUGCUAUACAAGGGCGAUAAUCUUAAAAUGAUUAUUGUACUCCCCAACAAUGGUGUGAGUCUUGAGGAAGUUGAAAGAGGUUUAGAAGGAUAUAAAUUCCAGAAAGUGAGAAGUCUUGUUCAUAUUAAGAUGCCCAAAUUCCGGAUUGAGGCUUCCAUUGAUUUAGUAGAUAUUCUAAAGGAGAUGGGUGUGCAGGAAGUAUUUACUAUUAGAGCGAAUUUAACUGGAAUUUCUGGUAAAGUGCAACUCCUCAGAAAUGAUGAUGAAAUGGACGUUGAUGAAUACUUUACAGCUGAUCGUCCAAUCCAUUUCAAAAUUAUCAAAACAGUAGGUGAUCAUGACGGUAUUGUAUUGUUCUCCGGAAACUACAAAGGAAAGGAGUAA